AUGGCAUCAGAACAAGAACAGGCUCCGCGCCGUCUCCGUGUCGGCAUAGACGUCGGUGGUACUAAUACAGACGGUGUCAUCAUCGACCCGUCAGAGAGCACACCCGAUAAAGCCAUCAAAGCAUGGCACAAGACGGCGACGACCCCGGACCCCAGCGAUGGUAUCAGCACAGCCAUCCAAACCAUGUUCGAUUCCGCGGGAAUUGAUGCAUCUGAUGUGGCAAGCGUAACUAUCGGAACAACCCACUUCGUGAAUGCUGUUGUUGAAAUGGAUGCCAGUCGGCUGGCUCCUGUCGCAGUCCUCCGACUAUGUGGCCCAUUCUCAAAGCACGCCCUACCAUGUGUGGACUGGGAAGAAGACUUGAGGGAUGUCGUUCUGGGCCAUUAUGCCCUUUUAAAGGGUGGCCUGGAAGUCGAUGGACAUUUGAUUUCUGAUAUCGACGAAGAGGAAAUCAAGAGCCAAUGUUCCAUUAUCAAACAGAAGGGAAUCAGAAGCAUCGUCAUCAAUGGCGUAUUCAGCCCGAUAGAUACCGUGGAGCGUCAGGAAGAGAGGGCCGCUGGAAUAGUGAAGCGGGAGAUACCAAACUGCGAUGUCGUCUGCUCAAAGGAGGUGGCCAACUUGGGUUUCUUGGAGCGAGAGAAUGCCUCGAUCCUCAACGCGGCUAUUCUGCCAUUUGCCCGAAAGACGAUUGCUUCUUUCCAGAAACCUAUGAAAACCGUCGGGUUAAAUUGCCCUGUUUUCAUUGCCCAGAACGAUGGUACUGUCUUACCAGGCGCGAUGGCAGCCCGGCUUCCUAUCCGGACAUUUUCGAGCGGACCGACAAACAGUAUGAGAGGUGCCGCUUAUCUUGUCCAGCAGACACUGGAUGAAGAUAUCAUGGUCGUGGAUAUUGGUGGAACCACGACGGAUGUUGGACUUCUCCAGGCAAACGGCUUUCCUCGCCAGCAGGCGGCUUACAGCGACCUGGCUGGCGUAAGAAUGAACUUUUCCUGCCCCGACAUCAAGAGCGUUGGCCUUGGUGGUGGUUCAAUUAUCCACACAGGGGAACCAAUGGCAAUUGGUCCAGAGAGCACCGGAAAUAAAUUGACGAGUGAGGCUGUAGUCUUUGGUGGCCAAACACUCACAGCAACGGACUAUUCUGUCAUGUCUAACCCAGACCUGGAGAUCGGAAACCGCGAGCUCCUACAGGGGAAAAUUACCUCCGAACUGCUUUCAAAUUUCCGGAGCCUCGUGAAGAAGAGGCUGGAAAGAAUAAUCGACGUGAUGAAAACCUCGCCAGGUGAUAUCCCGGUGCUGCUAGUUGGUGGCGGAGCAGUAAUUGCACCCCAUGAACUGUCCGGAGCCAGCAAGGUUGUAAAACCCCAAUGGUCAGGGGUUGCCAACGCGAUUGGCGCCGCGAUGGCACGACUGAGUGCCGUGGAGGAUAUAAUUGUUUCUACUGAGAACCAGACAACAGCCGAAGCGCAGGAUACAGUUACCCGAAGGGCAAUUGAGAAGACUGUCUCCGCCGGUGCCGACCCUGCCACCGUCGAAGUUGUGGAAGUAGAGACUCUACCCUUGUCAUACGUCGAAAACAAGACUCGCUUUAUCGUUCGCGCAGCUGGAGAUUUCGAUACCAGUAGAACCCAGAACGUCGACGAUAGCGUUGGAGGCCAGGUUGAAGCCGAGAAUAUCCAUGAGGAAAUUAUCCCUGAACGUGUCCUUCCCAAACCAAACCAGAGGAAAGGUCCUCGUAAACAGGCUGAUGUGAAUGAAUAUGUGCCUGAUGUGCGAAACCGAAUAUGGUACAUUUCAGAGACAGACGUUGAAUGGAUCGCGACCGGGUGUUACAUUCUCGGGACGGGGGGUGGAGGAUCCCCUUACUCUAGUAAGAUACGCCUACGAACGGAGUUGCGUAAAGGAGCCGUCAUCAGGGUUGCAGAUACCCGUGAUAUUCCAGACGAUGCUCAGGUUGGCUGUGGCGGAGGAGCAGGCAGCCCAACCGUGGCCAUUGAGAAGCUCGGUGGCGAUGAGAUGCUCGAAUCGCAACACGAGCUGUAUAAGAUCUGCGACAGGCCAGCCACACACAUGAUCUCUGUUGAGAUUGGUGGCGCGAAUGGGUUGCAAAGCAUGAUCAUUGGGGCCAGCACAUUGAUGAAUCUCCCUGCCGUGGAUGGCGACUGGAUGGGCCGCGCAUACCCAACAAAGUGGCAAACCACACCCGUCGUCUUCAAUGAACGCACGCCUAUCUGGGCCCCUAUUGCCAUGUCGGACGGCAAUGGGAAUGUGGUUGUAAUGCCAAAGACCUCUUCGGAUGCGCAUGUUGAGCGCAUCCUUCGGGCGGCAAUCGGCCAGAUGGGAUCCAAUGUUGGUGCUGCGGACGCCCCAGUAACGGGAGCCGAGACCAAAAGAUGGGUGGUAGAACACACCAUAUCCCAGUCAUGGAGAAUAGGUAGAGGUGUGGCAAAGGCUAGACAGGAGAACCAAGUGUCGAACGUGGCCGAGGCUAUCAUCGAUCAGUGUGGUGGUCCCAGUGCAGGCAGGGUUUUAUGGAAAGGCAAGAUUGUUGGAGUUGAGCGGAAUCUCAAGACGGGACAUGUCUAUGGGGAAUGCUUGAUCCAAGGCACAGAUGUGUCUGGAAAGGAGGAUGCCGUUGAUUCAGCGUUUCGCGGGAUACUCAAGAUCCCGUUCAAGAACGAGAACAUUGCAGCCAUCAAGGUGCCAGAAGACGGAAGUAAAGAGAAGCAGGAUGAUGUCCUGGCUAUUGUCCCGGAUUUGAUCACAGUCAUUGAUGCGCAGAGCGGAGAAGCUGUUGGAACCCCUGAGUAUAGGUAUGGACUGCUAGUUGUGGUGUUGGGACUGGCGGCGAGCGAUAAGUGGACGAGCACAGAACGAGGCAUCAAGCUCGGAGGACCAGAAAGCUUCGGGUUUAACCACCUGAGAUACACUCCCCUGGGCACUUACCAGCCUCCUCGGAGCGUCAUCGAUGAGUAUGAUGGCAGGGCAAGCAGGUAA